CAAAAUUGCUUCCGCUCAUCCUUCAACUGGAAUCGUGCUAGACCAUUUACAAUCUCUUCUUACACCAGUCAACCAUGUCAGACACUAGGAACGACGCAGAUCAAGAGCUCGUCUCGGCAGGAAUGGCGAGUGGAAUGGAGGACUCGCUGGGGUCGAUCCUAGGCAAUUCAUUCUCGAUCCCUAAACCGACUCCCAAGCCUACAGCGGAUUCCGAACGGACCAAGGAGACGUCAGCAGAGAGCGAGGCCGCGGAAGCUCCCACUAUACAAGAUGAUGAUGUGCCCGGGAUGGACACCUGGAAAGAGACUUACGAGGGGUACCUCUCUCAUUGGCAAGCUGAAUCUGCCGAGGCAAGGGAGAAGGCAUUGCAGACUCGAGAAAAGUACGAAAGAGAAGAAGAAGAACGUCAGAAAGCUUCGAGUGGGAAGACUGCAGCGGAGAAGAAGGAACAGCAAAGACAAGCUAAGCUCGAAGCUGAUGCCGAGAGGUUAAGGAUGGAGCUUGAAGGCGGUACUCAAGCUGGGUCCAGCAGUUCAAAUAAAGGUAGAGCUUCAAGUGUGGUGGACGGACGUGGUGUUACGGACGAAGAUCGCUUGGCAGGUCAGGCAUUGUCUGUCGGUCAAAGUAGGCCUGAAGUCAAACAGACCGCUUAUGAUCCGACAACCUCGACUGAACCUCUGCCUCCAUCCAUGAAGCAAUCCAUGACAUCCUCGUCCUCCCCCUAUGACCCUUCUUCCCCAUCGUCUUUCCACAAGAUUGAAUCUGGGACUUUGUCUCGUCACAGUGCUACCUCACAGGCAUGGGAAGAGAUUUCAGGCCAUUCCUCAUCACCCGAUCAAGCUUCGCCUCACGGUCAAUCAGAGGACGACGACAUGGUCAGGAUAUCACGGCCAGGAUCUCAGAGACCUGGCGGUCCACCUUCUGGACCACCAGCUCAACCACCUUCUUUGACCUUGUCCUUGUUUACCGGACCGUCAGGCAGUAUGUCAUUCCCUCGGAUUCUCGCAGUUCUCGGGAUCAAUCUUGUUCUACCAUUCAUCAACGGCGUCAUGCUUGGUUUUGGGGAGAUUUUCGCGAGAGAAUUCGUAAAGGUCGGGCGGAUUUGGUGGAGAACAGGUGGAAAUUUCUGGGCCAUGAUGAUGGGGCAGGAGGAGCCAAGAGGUUUUGGCGGUGCCAGAGGGGUGUCCGGCGUGGGCCUGAGAGGGAACGGGUACUGAAAUAGGCCUCAGACACAGAGGUU